UUACUCGUGGGCCGUGCCAUCGCCUCAGUCACCAGUGCGCAACGCCAAGAGAAGCAAGUGUUCAGUGUCGUCAACCUCUUUUUACUUUGAGUUACAUUUUUUUUGUGCUGUUCUUAGCUCCAACAAAGAAAACCUGUUUGAAACUGUCUGUGCAAUAUCCCCCGUGAACUUGUUUGAUACAGCGUUUGUAUUUUUAGUGAUUUUGGUCGCCUGGUACGCUCUACCUACAUAGUCGGUUCCCGUGUUGAGUAACAUUGAGUGUUAGUGUGGUGAUCGUGUCUGUUAAAAGAAUCGGAAGGUUUAACUGUGAACGUGUCCCAAUUAAGGAUUUCAUCACGAGCGGGUUAAAGGAAAUUUAUUGUCAAGUGGACAGCGGCGGCGGCGGGUCUGCCGAAGUGAUGGUGUACUCGCUCGGCUGGGGCAUGGGCGAGCCGGAGCGGCGCGGCGCAGAGCGCAAGCGGCAGAGCUCCUCGCACGCGCUGCUGUCGCCCACCUCGCCCUGCGACGACGUGGUGGACGUGCUGCCGCUGCACAACCAGGUGGGCGGGCACACGCGGCUGCUCGUGCUGAAUGACAGCACGGUCAUAAAGCCCCUCAAUAUUCGAGAAUUGCAUUUCUACCAGAACAUUCCCGAAGACAUCAAGAGCUUCGUGCCCCGGUAUAAAGGCGUGAUGCAGGCGUCCAGCGCGGGCGGCGCCAAGCCCGACAAGCGCUACUCGCCGUGCUUCCGCGACGACGGCCGCAAGCCCUCGCUCACCGGCAAGCGCAAGCGAGACGACGUGUUCAAAUUUAAGGUGCACCGAAAUGGCAAUGCGAGCGAGGUGCUCAAAAGCAUUGCUCACAUGGACAACUCUAACAAACAAUACUUCCUAAUGAUGGAGAACAUAACCUCCUCCUACAGUCGUCCGUGCGUGCUGGACGUGAAGAUGGGCACGCGGCAGCAUGGCGACGACGCCAGCGCGGAGAAGCGCAGCAAGCAGAUCGCCAAGUGCCAGGCGUCCACCAGCGCCGCGCUCGGGGUCAGGCUGUGCGGGAUGCAGGUAUACGACGGCAGCGGCUCAUGCGUGCGCCGCGACAAGUACUGGGGCCGCUCGCUCUCCGAAGCCGGGCUACGCGACGCCCUCCGCGCCUUCUUCGCCACGGGCGCGCCACUGCGCCGCCGCGUCGUGCGCCGCGUCUUGCAGGACUUGGAUGAGUUGAGGCAUGCUGUUGCCAAGCAGACCAACUAUAGGUUCUAUUCGUGCUCACUACUGAUAGUGUACGAGGGCGGGUCGGAGGAGGAGUCUCCGCCGCCGCCCAGCGCGCCGGCGGCGGCGGAGGGCGAGCGCGAGCCCUUCCAGCCGCACAGCGAGGAGACCAUGGGCGGCUACGAGGAGCCCACGGCGGGCGAGCUGCGGCGCGCGCCCAGCCCCGACUCGGCCGACAGCUGGACCGCCUACUGCAGCACGUCCGGCGAGUCCUGGCCCGACAAGCGCGCGCCGCCCGAGCCGCGCGUCGACAUCCGCAUGAUCGACUUCGCGCACACGGCCCUCGCCGGCGCCGACGCCGCGUCGCCGCUCGCCACGGCCGCGCCGCACCACGGGCCCGACUGCGGCUUCCUCACCGGCGUCGACUCGCUCAAGCGCCUGCUCACAGAGAUCCUGCAGCAGCCCUACAGCUAAUGAGACACGCGAGCGCCGCGGACACUACCCACACGCCGCCCGGCCGCCGCCGGAGCCGUUGUAUAUUUCGAAAAUGAAAAUAUAAACUAUAUUUUUCCUUAAAAUUAAACCGUUCGACUGAUGUAAUUUUAUUGUAGAGUAAUAUUCGAUAUUACUGUGUGAUUACAUGCGGGGGACUCACGCAGGGUAUUUUUUGUAUUAUUUACGCCCACCAUUACAACGCUGUUAGUCGUAAAGAUUCAUCUGUUGUGUAACUGCACGGUAAAGUCGCACUUAGUGAAUGUUGGCGGUACAAACUAUGUUACUUUGUUAAAUAUAAUUUGAUGUGGGACCCAGUAAGUAUAC